AUGGAAGCAUUGGAUAUCAGAUCCAAGUCCUACUUCAUAAAAUGGGUAGAAGCUCCCGCCAAAAGUGUCUUGCACUGGGAGAUAAAACCCUUGAAGAAAAGCAUUGACUUUGGAAUUUAUUCUUGCAAAAAAGGCGAAUCUUCUCAUGAGACUAAGAACAACUCAGCUUCCUCAUUCAACACGGAAUCUCCCAGUUUCAGAGCUUCAAUACCUCCCAUCAUUGAUGAAGGUGACCAGUUCAAUCUGUCUUCUGGUAGCGCUGUGCUACCAUUGGAAAGAAACCCUUCACUGAAGGAGUCUUCUAACGCUACGGGAACCGGAAGGCGUCGGUCAGAUUCCAAUAUUUCAGCAAUUUCAUCCACUAAUUCCUUAUCACUUGAGCAGAGACUCAAACAGUCUAAUUUAAAGAAAGAACAAUGGGUUGGCAAAUGCCAAGGUAAUGAGCUGAUUCAAGGAACCUUCCAAGUACAGGAUAGCUGUCUGCUAGCUUUCGUCUUUGAUAACACUUUUAGUAAGACUACUGCAAAGAAGGUAUUUUUCAACCAAUACGUGGAAGAUCCAAGCAUGCCUAAAAAGGAUCUUGAUAGCACGAUCUACAGGAAUAAUAACAAAACUAACUCCACUUUAUCGCUUAAGAAAAUUGACACUUCGUCAUCUACAGGUGUGAGAUUUGACCUACCAAAUGACCACGAUAAGAAGAUUGACAAUUCUACGGUUUUGCAUGUCAAAGGUGGUAGAUAUCUGCAGGGGUUCCUUCUCAAGAAAUCUCGUAAAGGUCGACAGAAAUCGUUUCAUAAGCGGUUUUUCGUUUUGAACUUCAAGUAUGGCAUUCUCAACUAUUUUGCUAAUGACAAUUCCAAACAAGUCAGAGGAAACAUGUUGAUUAGAUCUGCUGCUAUAUUUGCUGACGAGAAAACUAAGGUUAUAAUUUUAGAUUCGGGUUUAGAACUCUGGGUUCUGAAAUCGUCUAAUGAGAACGACUGGAGUACGUGGAUUCAAGCAUUCAACUUUUUGAAAGGAAGUUCAAGUUUGAACGAAGAAGCAAAGCCACAAAUCACGAGAGUCAACACACUUGAUAGUACCUUACCAUCGUUUGUCGAUCGUGAUAUUUUCCUGAAGAUCCAUGACAACAUCUCCGCUCUACGUUCGAAAUCUUCAAACCUGGUGUCUGUGCUUGACGACCAGCAAACCACACAAGAUUCUAUCAGAUCAAGCAACAGAAAAAGCUCAUUUUGGAAAAAGUUUAAAAGAGAAAAGGAUGACGUAAAUGGAGAUCAACUGAGCAUGUCAUCUUUUACAUCCGACCCUUUAUCUUUAGCCAAAGAUAUAAAAUCCAGAAUUGAUACCUUGAUGUCUUUCAUGGAUAAUGCCAAAAACCUGCAAUCCUCGCAGCAAAUUUCAAGAUCAAACACAGUAACCACAGGUGGAGCUUCCAUAUUCUCCCAAGAAUUUUAUGAUGCUCAGGAAUACCUCCAAGAAAUUACUGGAGAAGUUGUGUUCCUGAAUGAGCAAAACGAUACCACAAUCUCUACGAAUGGACAUGGACACGGUGCUCUUCCACUAAAAAAUAUUGAAGAAAUAGCUACGGAUUCUUCUGAUUACUCUUCUUUGGAGGAGACAGAGGAGUCCCUAUCCUCAGAGUCAUCAACUGAACGAGAACUUGUUAAAUCGAUCAUGUCCCAACAGGACAAUUUAGAGAUCAACGAUUUGUAUCCCCUGGGAGAGACCGAGAAUGUGACUAGACGGACAGAUAUACCAGAGAGCGCUAGCACUCCUCCAAGUAUUCUAUCUUUUAUUAGAAAGAAUGUUGGUAAGGACCUGUCCAACGUUGCAAUGCCCGUGACAGCUAAUGAACCAUUGUCCAUGUUGCAAAAGUACAGCGAGUUUGUGGAAUACUGUGACCUGAUAAAUGACGCUUUAGAUUCUGACAAAGCUUCAGGUUCACGUUUAAUGAAAAUUGCUGCAUUUGCUACAAGCUAUUUCAGUUCACUGAGGGUAAAGGAAAGAAACAGUAGAAAACCUUUCAAUCCGAUGUUAGGCGAGACUUUUGAACUAGUGAGGGAGGAUCUUGGAAUUAGACUCAUCAGUGAAAAAGUGGUUCAUAGACCUGUUAUUUUGGCCAUCAAUGUUGAUAGCAAGCGGUGGAAUUUGAAUUACUCACCUUCUCCAUCGCAAAAGAUAUGGGGUAAGAAUGCUGAGGUAACUGUUGAAGGUGUUGCAAGACUUACUGACCGCACAACCGGAGAUGUUUAUCAUUGGUCUCUACCUAACUGUCUUCUCAAGAAUUUGAUAGCCGGUGAAAAGUACAUGGAGCCAACCGGAUCCAUGACUGUGAAAUGUUCAGAUGGUCACAAGGCCGUUGUAGCAUUUAAGUCAGGAGGUGUUUUUUCCGGGAGGUCUGAGCAGUUGAGUAUCACCUUGACUGAUUCCAAGAAUAACAUAGUUGGGCCCAAGGCUACCGGAACAUGGACGGAAUCCAUUUCAUGGAAUGGGGUAAAUAUCUGGAAGGUAGGUCCCCUAGUUCCAUCCCCAAACUUGAAGUUUGGGUUCACACAAUUUGCUGCAUGUUUAAACGAGAUUACUAGUCUCGAGGAAGGAAAAAUUCCGCCUACAGAUUCUAGAUACAGACCUGAUCUUCGAAUGUAUGAAAACGGGGACGUUGAUGGUGCUGAAGAUAAAAAAAUCGAACUUGAAGAGUUCCAAAGAGCCCGUAGAAAGGCGAAUGAAAUUGCCAACGAGGAACAUCAACCUAGCUUCUUUCACAAAGGUAAAGAUGACUGCUGGAUCCCUAUACAGGGAGAGAACAAUUACUGGGAAAGAAGGAAGAGGUCCGAUUGGGACGAUGUUUUGAAAUUGUGGUGA